AUUGCUUCAGCUCUUUGGGGUGGUAGUGUAAACGUUUAAAGAGAGAAAUAUGGAAGAAGUUCAAGGAGAUGAAUCAGCCGUGAGUAAUAUCAAUGAUGGGAGCAAAAUAAGAAAAAGAGCUAAUAAAAAGCAAAUAAGGAAACGUGGAAGAUACCAAGAUCCAGAUCCAGAUUUAACAAAAUUUAAGCGACCGUGUUCACAUGAUAAUAAAACUUUCCAGUGCCAAAAAGUUAAAAUAUCUGACAUUAGGGCUAUAAGAAGUAAAUUGUAUGACGUUCCGGACAAAACCAUGCAAGAUAUGAAGCUUUGCCACAUGAACAGCGUUUCUACUACUGCAAGGAAGAGACCUGUGAAGAACAAUCCUCGACAGCGAACAAGGGCAGCAUUUUUUUUUAAAGUUAAGGGAAAUAGAUCAACAAAGGCAGUUAAAGUUUGUAGAUUUUUUUUUAUGGCAGCAGUGGGCGUUAAAAAUUACUUUGUGCAAAAUGAUUGA